AUGGAACCCCAAGGAGUUUCCAUCGCUGAUACCCCAGACGAUGUAAGGAGUGAAAAUCAAAAAUUUUUUGGAGAAGCGGGUACCGUGAUGCGCCUGGUAAUUGUGUUUGUGGACAUUCUACUAUUAGCAAGUUUGUUACUUAAUUUUAACAUUAGUUGCGAUGGAUAUUUAAGAACGUGGAUCAUAGGAGCAAUAUUAUUAAGUUUUUUCCUAUUUUCUUUUGUAAAGAGAGUUCAAGUUUUGCUAAAGGAAGACAAAGGGCUACUUCCUGAGAUUCUUUUGAUGUUAGUGUGCUUUUUAUGGACAUACUUUGGGACAAUUCAGAUUAACAAAUCCAGUGCUUGUCAAAAAAUUGCACCUUACUUAUUCUGGACAGUGUUUACUUUAGUUACCACAAUUUGGUGUUCCAUAAUAGGACUAAUUUUAAGUCUGAUGAUUAUAACAAUAGGUUCAUUCUUCGUUGUUCGAUCUAAAAUGGGAUAA